AUGUCGCAGUGCGUAGAGUAUAAUGCAAAGAAAUGUCGCGGUCGAUUACAUUCAUCUGGACAAAGUGUAGUUCAUACUACUGAACAUAACCAUGUGGCCGAUAUUGCAAAAGUUGAAGCUAAAGAAGCAAUGGCAAGACUUAAAAAUAUUGCAAAACUACUCAACUUUACCCAUUCUGUAUUAGGAACACUGACAUUACAGACCACUUCCAACAUAGCUGGACAAUUUCCGAGUACAACAGGAUUAAAACGAACAAUUCAACGAGUUAGAAAAAUAGAAACCUGCCGGAGAGCGAGAAGAGCCCCUUUAUUUUCUAUAAAUGUAUGGAAUUGUUAUGCAUUAUUAAAGUAUGAUAUUCCACGAACUAACAAUUCAGUCGAGGGUUGGCAUAAUUGUUUUAGUUCAAUGUUAAGUUCUCGUCAUCCAUCUAUUUGGAUUUUUAUCGAUUCACUGAAAAAAGGAGAAAGCUUAAACCGUCUAAAAGGUGAACAGUAUAUUGCUGGCAUCAAACCUCCGAAAAAGAAAAAAUACAAAGAUUCUGCAAUUCGACUUAAAGCCAUUUGUGAUGAUUAUGAAAAUCGAUCAAUUAACGACUACCUGCGUGGAAUUUCGUAUAACUUCCAAUAUCAAUUGACAUAA